AUGCGCUGCCUGUGCCAAACGCUGCUGGAGAUGCCCCCCGCCUGCAGGCAGACCGCACCGCUGCCGUUUUCCCGACCGGUGACCACACGGAGCUCGCAGACCGCCGCUCCCGUACCCCGGCUCAGCGCCCCGCGGGGUGACAAACGCCGCUGGGCCAGAGGCAGCGCUCGGAGCCGCGUGGUACCCCGGGACGCACCGCGGUGGGGCAGGAGGGAGGGCAGCGCGGGCACCACGCCGCGGCCUCCCCGCCGUCCUCGCGUCUCCCGUCACGGGCCGCUCUCGGAGGCGCUCCCGGCCGCAUCCCCCCUCACCUCACCUCACCUCACCCCGCCCCGCUCGCCCGGCGCGGAGCCCCGCGGCCCCGCCACCUACCCGCAGGCCGCCGCCCGCCGCCCUCACGCCGCGCGCGCCCGCCGCCACCGCUUCCCAUCCGCCCCGCCGGAGCGGGCGCCCCGCGCGCGGCACCGGGCCCGGCGGCGCGCGGCACCCCCCCCCCUUCCCAAGCGCCGUCCCCUUACGCGAUCCCGGCGAGGAGGUGGGGCGGCGCCGGAGGAACCAGGAAGUGGCGGCGGGCGGCUCCGCCCCGGGCUCUGGGCCCCGGCACGGCGCGGCUCCGCGCAGCCCGUCAGCCCCAGCCGGCAUCCGAGGCCGCUGGGUUUGCUCGGCGCUGCCCGUUGGCAGCUGCUGCUUGCGCUACUUGCGGCUUCACCGGGCAGCGUGAGCUUCUGCGCGCCAGGCGGCUCCCUCCGGCUCCUUUUUUAA